ACACUUUCUUACAGCUAAGCGUGGGGCAGGAGUCGGGCUGGCUCAGCCUCCCAGAACGUUCUAAUGGGCUUAGUCUUCCGAACGGCAACGCAGGCGGCUGCACUUCUGCUCUCCCUGCUGGGAUGGGUUUUAUCCUGCCUUACAAACUACUUGCCGCACUGGAAGAACCUUAACUUGGAGCUGAACGAGAUGGAGAACUGGACCAUGGGGCUCUGGAAAUCCUGCGUCAUCCAGGAGGAAGUCGGGAGGCAAUGCAAGGACUUUGACUCCUUCCUGGCCUUGCCAGCUGAACUGCAGGUCUCCAGGGUCUUGAUGUCCCUGUGCAACGGGCUGGGGCUGCUGGGCUUGCUGGCCUCUGGCUGUGGCCUGGACUGCUUGAGGCUUGGAGAGACACAGGAGGGUCUGAAGAAGCGGCUGCUCACCCUGGGAGGGACCCUGCUCUGGACCUCGGGAGUCAUGGUGCUAGUUCCUGUCUCCUGGGUGGCCCACAAGACGGUGCGGGAGUUCUGGGAUGAGACCAUGCCUGAGAUUGUGCCCAGGUGGGAGUUUGGGGAGGCCCUGUUCCUGGGCUGGUUUGCUGGCUUCUGCCUGGUGCUAGGAGGGUGUGUGCUUCACUGUGCAGCCUGCUGGAGCCCGGCUCCUGCAGCCUCGAGUCACUAUGCAGUGGCGGGACCUCGAGACCACCAGCAGCAUCUGGAGCUGAAGCAAGCCAAUCCAGAAAUCUAAGCCCGGGCUCAUUGGCGUCUCUAAUCUCACUCAGUCGGACUUGGUAGGCUCCCACUUUAAUCACCCCUACUGCCUGCUUCUGACUUUCUGAAAUGCAUACUUCCCUCCUGUGGCUGUUAUCCGCCUCAGACACAAGUUCUUUCUACCACUGAGUAAAGCACUUUUGCUUUCUAUAUGGAGGCCAAGUGGGUGAGGACCUAUUGAUGGAAUCUGUCUUUACUGUGCAUAAACUAGGCUGCGACUGUGCACACACAGGGCACCUGUAAAUAAAACGUCAUCUGAGCA